AUGAAUUGCAUGUCACCAUCAAUACUUAUUGGAGCGAAUUGGCCUAACGAAAUAUAUGGGAAGUCCUCAAGUGUCCAUACUGAUACUUUCUCUCUUAGUCAUGAGAAGAAAUUUAGUCACUUAAAUCAUUGCAAUGGAAAACGUAAUGUCUAUAAAUUUGGUGGUACAUCUGUUGGUAGUCCUACCAGACUUUGUGGUCUUGUGCAGAUUAUUCAGAAUGAACGUGAACGUGUGGUAGCACUUGUCGUAUCUGCUAUGGGUCAUACAACGGACGAUUUAUUGCAUGCAAUAUCGUUUGCAGCAAAAGGUGAUGCUAAAACUGCACUUGAGAUUGUAAACAAGUUGCAACUGCUGACGCUCCGAAAUGCCCAUGACACACAAAAAGAACAACUCGAGAUUCAGCAAUAUGAAGACAUGACUGAUAUGAUUAUUGAUCAUUUUAAACCUCUACGGGAACUGCUAUUUGGUAUCUCUUUGUUGCAAGAACAAACGACUGCAGCAACGGACAUGGUGCUAUCGUACGGUGAACGGAUUUGUGCUAAAAUUGUCGCCAAGCUAUUGACUAUCGCCGGCGUUGAAGCAUUUUAUCUAGAUGCAUCGAAGUGGUUAAUCACCGAUGAUACUUAUGGCUGUGCUAAGGUCCUAUUUGACGAAUCCAAGGAAAAGCUACAGGAAUUAGCAAUGCAAUGGAAACCCAAUACGCUGCCAGUGAUUACGGGUUUCAUUGCUAGUACUCGUAGUGGUCGCACUACCACACUGGGACGUAAUGGAUCGGACUAUACUGCUACGUUGGUAGGUGCUUCUCUUGGUGCCGACUACGUGCUUAUCAACACGGACGUCUCGGGCGUCAUGACGGCGGAUCCGAGGAUUGUCGAACGCGCUGUAGCGCUGUCUCACUUGAACCACUACGAAGCUCUGGAGCUUGCAGUCUAUGGCACUCGCAUGUUCCACGCACGAACCAUGGUGCCGCUUAUCAAAAGCGGGGUGACUAUGCUUAUUCGCAACACCAUGGAUCCGGAUGGCCAUGGUACAUACAUUAGCAACGUUGGACGCUCAGAUACGCGUGAGACGUGCACCACAUCGUUGGAGAACCUGAUGAUUAUUGAGGCUCGUACAAGGAUCCUGCAGGAUAGCAGUAAUGACUCUCGCCAGGUCGAAAAUAUUGGUGCUCGUGUGACAAAGGCGCUGGAAGAGCUUAAGAUUCCUGUGUGGCUAUCGAUCCGUGGUGCCCACGGACAAGCAAUUAGCGUCGUGGUGCCUCGCAUCAGCGGAGAGCAGGCCUGCGCUGCCAUCAACGCUGAGCUGAGUACUGAAAUUGAGUCUCACGAAGUCGACCAUGUCAACUCGGAGUGUCCUGUGACCAUGCUUUCUGUUGUGGCCGAAGACCUGUCCAAGGUGCCGCACAACCAGACAAAGUUCUUCGGAGCUCUUGCUGCUGCUGAUAUUGAAGUCCUGGCUGUCGGUCAGGGUACGAGCUCACGGUCGCUGAGCUGCGUAAUUCGCGGUGCCGAUACAAAAGUGGCUGUACGUCGCAUGCACGACGCUUUUAACGUGGACUACCUCGUGACAAACGUUGUACUUCUAGGCUGCAACCACAUCACGUUAGAUGUAGUCCGUCAGCUUCAGAAGCAGGAGAAGUUGUACCGCUACCAACACAAGGCACGCGUUAACAUUGUUGGUUUUGGCUCUAAAUGUUGCGACUUCCUCUACAACUCGAAGGGCUUCUCGUUUGUGGAGCUUAUAUUGCGUCUAGAAAGCUGCAAGACUACGAGCGCCGUUGUGUCUGCGUCACCGUCACUUGGAUCGAUUCCGUAUUCUGGUGCUCCUUCGCUUGAGCAGCUAGACCAGUUGCAAGAUUUGGCAAUCCCAAUCCUGAUCGACUGCUCUGGUCAGGGUAGCACGCAAGACCUCUACUUGGCUUGCAUUGAGCGUGGAAUACACGUUGUUGCCUCGAAUGCCCGCUCAGUGUGCCGUCUUCCACCUACUGCAUCACGCGAAAGUGUCGCCACCACUCGCAACAUGACCGGUCGUACGUUCUUCAUGUACACGUCGACUAUCGGCGCAAGUUUGCCUGUUAUUGAUACCCUUGGCAACAUCUUGCGCACGGGUGACCGAGUGCUUAGCAUUGAGACGUCGUUGAGUGGAUCCAUGAACUUUGUUGCAAACGAGGUGAUGAAGGGCAAAGCGCUUUCCGAAGCUGUUGGCGAGGUACUUCGUAAGGGCUACUGCGAGCGUGACCCGCGCGAGGAUUUCACGGGCACGGACAUGGUCGCCAAAAUCGUAGUAUUGGCUCGUGCUCUCGGUGUGCAUAUUAGCACUAGCGCUGUUCAACUAGAGCCUCUCAUUCCGCAGAGCGUUCUUGAUACUAUUGCGUGGUGUAACGAUAUGGACGUGAACGACAUUGUCACCGGGCUCAAAGCUUACGAUGAGACUUUCCGAGAAAAGUAUUACGUGCCUGCUGUGGCAGAAGGCAAACGUCUUCACUACGUUGCUUCAAUCAAUCUGGCCAAAUUUCCGUCAAUUGACGCUACGAUCAAGCCUCUGCUCAUUAGCGAGGAUCACCCGGCCUUCUACACUAAAGACAACGAAAUUGCCUUUGGCUUUUCCUCAGUGCAAUAUCCGAACGCGCUUGUCCUCAAGGGCUCCGGCACAGGUGCUGCUGCUAGCGCUACUGGCGUCCUCCGAGAUGUCCUCACUAUUCUUAACUCGCUUAAUGGCAAGAACAUUUGCGUCUAA